UUUUUUGUAGUUAAAAUCUUGUUGGCAUAAUGGAAGUAGACGGCAAUGCAGUUUUGGCGAAGGCACUUCGAGAGCAGGGAGUCGAAUAUGUCUUCGGCAUCGUUGGAAUACCGGUGGUUGAACUGUCGAUGGCUAUGCAGGCCGAAGGAUUGAAGUAUGUCGGCAUGCGCAACGAACAGGCGGCCUGUUACGCAGCUCAAGCAAUUGGAUACUUGACCGGCAAACCGGGAGUAUGUCUAGUAGUAUCAGGACCGGGUUUGCUGCAUGUGACCGGAGGAAUGGCGAACGCGCAAGUAAACUGCUGGCCGCUGCUUGUUAUCGGUGGUUCUACAUCCCAGGACCACGAGGGUAUCGGCGGAUUUCAAGAGUGUCCUCAAGUUGAGUUGAGUCGACCGUACUGUAAAUAUGCAGCACGACCUCCAAGCGUGAGCUUAAUACCGCUUCACGUCGAAAAGGCUGUGCGCUUGGCGUGCUAUGGAAGGCCCGGUGCAACGUACCUAGACUUCCCCGGCAAUCUUUUGACGGCAAAGAUAGCGGAAGAUGCCGUACCGGUGCAGUAUACCCAUCCAGCUCCACCGGUACCAUUUCCCGAUCCGAAGCUUGUUGAAGAAGUGGCACAAUUGCUGUGCGCCGCCAAGCGUCCGUUGGUGAUUGUAGGCAAAGGGGCGGCCUACGCACGAGCCGAGCUGCAAGUUCGUCAAUUGAUACACCAGACAAAUUUACCGUUCCUUCCUACGCCUAUGGGAAAAGGUGUCGUACCAGAUCUUGACCCGCAGUGUAUUGCUCCGGCUCGUACACUGGCACUGCAAAAAGCGGAUGUCGUACUGCUGCUUGGCGCCCGUUUGAACUGGAUACUGCAUUUUGGACGUCCGCCGCGUUAUAGUUCGGAUGUAAAAGUUAUACAGGUGGACAUUAAUGCAGAAGAGCUGCAUAAUAGCGUACCGAGCAGGGUGGCUGUUCAAUCGCACAUUACACCCUUCACCGAGCAACUGAUUGAGAUUCUGACAAAGAAAAAGUUCCGUUUCGGGAACGACAAUGAAUGGUGGAAGGAUCUGAAGGCAAAGUGUGAGAAAAAUCGUAACACAGUCCAGCAGAUGGCACUGAACGUUGAGGUGCCGUUGAACUACUACGCAGUUUUCCAUCACUUGCAGCAGUACAUUCCCAAGGACGCCAUAAUAGUUAGCGAGGGUGCUAACACGAUGGACAUUGGUCGUACUCUACUGCACAACAAGCUUUCUCGUCAUCGUUUAGAUGCUGGUACAUUUGGAACGAUGGGUGUGGGUCCUGGAUUCGCCAUAGCGGCGGCUCUAUACUGUAGAGAUCGUUAUCCAGGCAAGAAGGUGAUCUGCGUGGAAGGAGACUCGGCGUUUGGAUUUUCGGGAAUGGAGUUGGAAACAAUGGUACGGUAUGAGCUGCCGAUAGUGGUAGUUAUAGUGAACAACGGUGGGAUAUAUGCUGGAUUUGAUAAGCAAACAUACGACGAUAUGCGCACCGGUGGAGAUCUUACGCAGGUAACUCCGGCAUCAGCAUUGACACACGAAACGCGAUACGAAAACAUGUUGAACAUGUUUGGUAUGAAGGGACACUUUGUACGUACCAUUUCGGAACUGCAGGCUGCCGUCAAGGAAUCGCUUACAGCAACGGAUAGGCCAAACAUUAUCAACAUUGCUAUUAGCCCGCAGGCGGAUCGCAAACCACAAGAUUUUAAGUGGCUCACCGAGUCGAAACUUUAA